ACUCGCCAGCCGAGUUCACAACCAGGCACGCGCUAGAACAACAAAGGCCAACGUAGAAGUUUUUAAUUUGUUAACUUAAAUAGGAGAUAAUAGCAAUUAGCGAAGAGAAGUAUGUGCACCGGCUCGCCCAGCAGCAAUGGCUCCCAGUCGGAGGAGGGCAGCAGCGCCUCGGAUCCGCAGCCGCAGCAGGAGGAGGCCCAGGAGGCGGAGCAACAGCUGCGAACGCCCACCCACCACGUCCACGCCGUGGUGCCCGCUGCCACAUCGGAGGAGAUCCUGGCCGAGUACGGGAGCAACCUGAAGCUGCUCGAGUGCAACUCCCAGGUGGCCGAGCUGUUGACCAUUCUGCGCGACAAAAACACCACCCGCAGCGACUUCAAGUUCUACGCCGACCGGCUGAUCCGCCUGGUCAUCGAGGAGUCGCUCAACCAGCUGCCCUACACCCACUGCGACGUGGAGACGCCCACGGGAGCCAUUUACGAGGGCCUGAAGUAUCGAUCGGGCAACUGUGGCGUCUCCAUCAUCCGUUCCGGCGAGGCCAUGGAGCAGGGACUGCGCGACUGCUGUCGCUCCAUCCGCAUCGGCAAGAUCCUCGUGGAGUCGGAUGCCAAUACGCACGAGGCUCGAGUGGUCUAUGCCCGCUUCCCCGAUGACAUUGGCAGCCGGCAGGUUCUGCUGAUGUAUCCCAUUAUGUCAACUGGAAACACUGUGCUGCAGGCGGUGAAUGUGCUGCGCGAGCACGGAGUCCCCGAGAGCUGCAUCAUCCUGUCCAAUCUCUUCUGCACACCCAUGGCCGCUCGGACCGUGGUCAAUGCCUUUCCCAAGCUGAAGAUCCUCACCUCAGAGCUGCAUCCCGUGGCGCCCAAUCACUUUGGGCAGAAAUACUUCGGUACAGACUAGGGAUUUGUGGCUGACUGUCAUGCAGACUUGACGACUAAGCGCUGCUUAGGAUAGAUGGCAUUUGAAAAGGACAAACCGGCGACGCCCUGCGGUCUACUAAACUACUUCUUAGCAACUGUUAGCUUUUCACAACUGGCUUUUAAUGCAACUCUCAAAUACGUUACGUUCGUUACGCACUAUUGUAAAUAUAUAGAAAAGAAAUAAAUAUUUAAAACGAU